UUUGAGGGCCAGACCGCUAAUAUUAAUGUAAGAAAUGCCCUACAGGGCAGGCUCGCAGGUCCCUCUAGCCCCGUAUCUGGUUGCAGGCGGUGGCUGUUUGGGAAGGGCACGUGAGUCUGGCUGGUUUUUGUGGUCCUUGCGAACGGCACUAAUGAAAUAAGCUGGUAAUGCAGAGGUGGGGACUCGCAGCAAACACGAGGAAUAACGAUAUCCUAAGGGAAGGACAGGGUGAUCUGUGGGCAGAGUAAUUGGAGUAGGAAUAACUGUAAUAAUAGCAAAUGCAAUUAGCUUCAUAAAAAGACCUCCUUCCACAAGUAAAUUCUUAUCCGUUGGGAGUGAGGGGGAAGGGACAGGCAUGCAUUAGCAAGCCUUGACCCACCAAUCUGACAGAGCCAAGAAAGCGGCAAGUCUGAUAUCAGAGCUUUCCCAGGCAGAAACGGGGACUGUGCAAGGCCCUGGCGAGGCCUCAGCUGGCGUACGGUGUGCCGUUCUGGUUUGCCGUGCUCAGGAAGGCGAUUUCCUGCUGGGGUGGCACACAGAAGGGGAUGGAGAGUGACGACUCGGUUCUACUACAAAAGGAGGUUUAAAAGGGACUGGUCGGGCUUUGAGGUGGAGCCUGCUAAGGUAGAGCAAGGGCCUGGGUUUGGUGGCCUGGCCGACUCCGCUAGCCCCAAGGGGUUGUGGGUUGUGCUGUGGUGGUUUCUCCAGCAGGAAGGCAACGCUUGGAGAGCCUUUGCAACGUGGAGGGGGCGAUGGCUGGGCGCGGAGUGGACGGGGAAGGAAAGACUCCUGUGCAGCAGAGAAGCUGGCAGAGAGCUGGAAGUGGAAAUGUGCUGUCUUUCCCCUUUUUGUACUUUUUCCUGAGGGCUCGUGAUCAUCAGGGUGGAGGUAGGAUGGAGAGGCUGGCGGGGACUCGAAUCCAGAGCUGGUCAGGAGGCGUGCUUUCGGCUUCGCAGGGUUGGGAGGGCGAUCGGGUUUGACUCAGUCUGAGCUCUCACUGCUGCCCCAGGCAACAGAAUUGAGACUCUUGUGUUCACAUCUGCCCGGGGAAUAACCAGCGAGCGCCUCCAUCCGUCCUGUUGUGUCGGGUGUUUACGUGGGCAGGCCCCUGUGGUCUGUGACCUUGGAAUUUACUGCAGGCGCCGCUUCUCUGCCACAGGAUUGUGUUAGUCUGGAUUCAGCAGGUCCCUUCUAGCUCUUCCGCCUGUGAAGUGCGUAAAGGAUGACUGCUGUCUGCAGGCUCAGGAAGAUGGUGGGAAUCAAUAGCCUACUCUGUUGGGCCCAAACCAAACAACUCGUGCUUGUGCGUGCUGCAUGACUGUACUUCUGCCUUGUUGUCGGUUGUUUCGGCAGAGGCGCAGCCACGUGUUCUGCUGCGUCCCUGGCCAUCCCAAGUCCCCUUCCUGCCCAGCCACGCACUGCCCGCUCCCAGCCCCGGGCAGGCGUCUCGGAGGCGAGGUGCGCAGGUGGUGCAGGGGCAGGGUGAAGUGCUGCGGCUGCAGUGACAGUCAUUGUGCCCGAGAAAGUGAGGAAGUGGUGAGUGCUUGAGAAGCUGGAGGCCCCAGUUUCCUGUGCUGCAGCGUGAUCCUUUGCAGCAGUUGAGAGCAGCUGUGGUUCCCAUCGCUUAGCUGCUGCGCUGCAGGUUUUUUUUUCUGUGAAAUUUUGCCACCAGGAAAUGACCUGGCCUGUCCUCAAGGGAUGUGGCUACUUUCCCAUAGUGUGACCGGAGCUUCCUCUCUUCUACCGCAGUGUUCCUGACUUGUUCCUUCCAAAGGAUGCAUUGGCUGAGGCCACGCAGACUGCUUGUGGACCCGUAUUGUUACUCAGCAGCACGGGGUGGACGUCAUAUCUUCCUAGUGCUUUGGAGACUGCUCUGUCUUCGUGCUGGUCGUGAUCAGCAAUGACCUUUGGAUCGUGGGGAGCUAGAGCUGCUCCAAUGCAGUGCCCAGAGAGCACCUGUGGGGUGCUGUCCCCAAGGGCUCCCCCUGGCUGGCCCGGCUCUCUUGAGGCCUCGUGGGUGCUGUUGAGAGAGGGGUUUCUCUCUGCAGGGCACAGCUUUACUUCCAUCUGUGGUACACAGUUAACGUUUAACAGGAGCGAGAGGCAACGUGUGUUUAUUAGCUAUUUGCAUGUGUGCCAAGGGUGUCCCAGGCGGUCUGCGAGGCCUUCUGAGCUGGAGUCGGUGUGGCGCUGACGUGGCAGCAAAGCCUUUGGAUGCGCCCGGGAGGAACUGGCCCCCUCCCGCUGCCCUGUGAGCAACAGGCAGCACCGAGGGCAUCUGCAAACCUUCUCGGUGCGGCACCUCCCAGCAUGGGCCGCCGCUGUUCAUCGCUGAACCCCGUGCCGUCUGUGUCGCUCAUCCUAAUACGUGGGCCACAGCGAGGCCCGGAGCAGCCCUGACCCUGGGGCCCCACGCAGCCUCGACUUCCUCCCUUCGAUGGCGGAGGUGCUGAGGUGUCUCAUGUCUCUCUGCUUUCCAGCCCGUCGGUGAUGCCAUGGCCUCUGCGAGUUCCAGCAGGGCCAGGGCAGGGCUGCCCUGCGAGAAGUCCCAGCUCUCCGUGAAAGUUGUGUCUGUGAAGCCCAAGGCACACAGCCGCCAGCCGCGGAUGAACUGCUAUGUGGAGGUGGUGGGUGAUGGACUUCCCAGUGAGACCAAGAAGACAGGGAAGCAGAUCGGGAGCUCUGAGGUGCUGUGGAACGAGAUCCUCGUCUUGAAUGUCACGGCUCAGAGUCACCUGGACCUGAAGGUGUGGAGCUGCCAUACCCUGAGGAACGAGCUGCUGGGCAGGGCCUCUGUCAGCCUCUGGAACCUGCUGAAGAACGGCGGGAAACUGGAGAACAGGCAGCUGACCCUGAACCUGCAAACUGAGAACAAAGGCAGUGUUGUCUCCGGCGGAGAGCUGACGAUUUUCCUGGACGGGCCUGCUGUUGAUCUGGGAAGUCUGCCUAAUGGCAGUGCCGUGACAGAGGGUGAGUGCCGCCCAUCUCCGCAUGCAUGCAGCAACUCUGAGCACGAGGCGGUGAGCACCGGCAGGGAGAGGAGUGGGGCUGAGAUCACAGCCCUAAGGACCUCUGAGCAAACAUCCGAGUGCCAGCAGCCACCUCCUCUCCCAGGGCCUCAGGUGACUGGACAGGAACCCAUCAGCAUGGCUGCAGCCACAGAGAGCAGACACCAGCCUUCCAGUACGAACUGCUUUGGAAGCAGAUCAAGGACACACCGGCAUUCAGCUGGAGCAGCCAGACAAAACACGGGGAGCGGAGAGCAAAGUCCUAGUGCCAGGAACCGGCACCGGCUGCAGGCCAAGAGUCAGAACCACGCUGGCAUGACAAACGGCACAGCGAAUGGCACAGUGAACGGAGACUCAGCGGGUGCUGCAGACGUUGAAGAGGAAAGACUGGCAGCAGGAGUGAGCUCCCUGACGAUAGCAGCAAGUGUGGCUGAUGGCUCCGUCACUCCUGCCCUUCCUGCCUCGUCGGCCUCCGGAGAGGCAGAGGAGACAGCUUCUGGCUCAGGCGCCCCCCAGUCCCGAGCCGCGGUGCUAGCCCUGGACGCUCUGCCCCCUGGGUGGGAACAGCGAGAGCUGCCUAACGGUAGAGUCUACUAUGUAGACCAUAACAACAAGACUACCACCUGGGAGAGACCUCUUCCUCCAGGGUGGGAGAAGCGCGUGGAUCCUCGAGGAAGGUAUUACUAUGUGGACCACAACACCAGGACCACCACGUGGCAGCGCCCUACAGCCGAGUACGUGAGGAACUAUGAGCAAUGGCAGUCCCAGCGAAACCAGCUCCAAGGAGCCAUGCAGCAGUUUAGCCAAAGAUUCUUGUACCAGGUGAGGGCCAGCGGCCGCGGUGGCUCGGGUAGUCCUCGUCUGGUGGGUCUCACCCAAGCAAGCCUGGGAGAUGUGGAGCGUGGGGAUGGUGCUCGCUGGGCUGUGAGCAGCCCCCUUCUACCUGCACAGGGCCAUGACUUGCAGCUGGCCUGUGCAGAGACAGGUCUGAAGGCUCGACGGGUGAUGUUUCCGUGCUCCCCUCCCAUCAGCCAGCCCCCGGGCUUUGGAGGAGGUUCGCGCGAGGAACCAGGCCCUGCAGGGAGCAGAGAUCCCCCGAGCUGCCUGUUCAGGAACGUCUUGCUUGUGCCGGGCAGGAUGAUCCAGGAGCCGCCCUUGCCGCCUGGCUGGGAGAUGAAGUACACAAACGAGGGCGUGCGCUACUUCGUGGACCACAACACUCGCACCACCACCUUCAAAGACCCACGUCCCGGAUUCGAGUCCGGGAGCAAGCAAGGUGGUUCCCCUGGGGCGUACGACCGGAGCUUUCGCUGGAAAUACCACCAGUUCCGCUUUCUCUGCCACUCAAACGCGCUGCCCAGCCACGUGAAGAUCAGCGUUUCCCGCCUGGCAGCCCCCGGCAGCGCAGGCUCCUUGCCCCGGUGGCUGCUGGAGCUGCUCGUCACCGCUGUCCCCGUUCCUCCUGUCCCCAGGGAGUGGUUCUUCCUCUUGUCCCAUGAGGUGCUCAACCCCAUGUACUGCCUCUUCGAAUACGCCGGCAAGAACAACUACUGCCUGCAGAUCAACCCCGCCUCCUCCAUCAACCCCGACCACCUCACCUACUUCCGCUUCAUCGGCCGCUUCAUCGCCAUGGCUCUGUAUCAUGGGAAGUUCAUCGACACGGGCUUCACGCUGCCCUUCUACAAGCGGAUGCUGAACAAGCGCCCCACGCUGAAGGACCUGGAGUCCAUCGACCCCGAGUUCUACAACUCCAUCGUCUGGACCAAGGAGAACAGCCUGGAGGAGUGCGGCCUGGAGCUGUACUUCAUCCAGGACAUGGAGAUCCUGGGCAAGGUGACCACCCACGAGCUGAAGGAGGGUGGGGAAAGCAUCCGGGUGACAGAGGAGAACAAGGAGGAGUAUAUCAUUGUCGUCCACUGCCUUGUCCUCGUGCUGCUCCUGGGUUUGGAGGUGGAGAGAGAAACCCGCUGGUGGGAAUCGAGGGCGACCCUUGCAAUUUGCAGGACACCCUCUCUCCUGGUCCCCACGUGCCCUGUGGCUCCCAGUGCCCGCUGCAAGGCCACCUGCCUCCUGGCUAGCCCGUGGUGGUGGUGGGCAGGGAAGGAGCUGGAGCUGAUGCUCUGCGGCAUGCAGGAGAUCGACAUGAACGACUGGCAGAAGAACACCAUCUACCGGCAUUACACCAAGCACAGCAAGCAGAUCCAGUGGUUCUGGCAGGUGGUUAAAGAGAUGGACAACGAGAAGCGGAUCCGGCUGUUGCAGUUCGUGACGGGGACCUGCCGCCUGCCUGUCGGAGGGUUUGCGGAGCUCAUCGGCAGCAACGGGCCCCAGAAGUUCUGCAUUGAUAAAGUCGGCAAAGAGACUUGGCUGCCCCGGAGCCAUACGUGGUAAGUCUGGUUCUCCUUGGC